AUGCCCAACUUGCCACCUGCCUCACUCACCUCGGGUACUUCAAGUACGUCGUCGUAUCGCAGAGGUUCAGAGCAACCAGUCAUACCCUACCCGGUUCCGCAAGAUGCGCCGCGUAGAGCGUCUCUCGGGAACGUGAUGCUUUCCGGCAGCGCCAACGAGAUGCUCAGAGCCGCCUCGGCCAUGGCUGCUCAGGCUAGCUCCGGAGCCGAAGGUCUUCACGCUGUCAGCUCGGCUCUCCUCAAUCAAGCAAAAGCACAAGCUUCAGCUGCUGCGCUGUCGCCUCAAGAUGGCGGCGCCGCUGCUGCCGACGCGAGGCAUCCUCACUCGACACCCAUGGCUCGCAACUGGUCCGAUUCGACCAACUACUCUGCUGCAAUGAGCGCACAUAUUGCCUCAACCCUCGCAACUCAGAUGGCCCAGCCGCAGCAGCCUGCUUCACCCUCGUCUCGUUCCAGUGCUCCCAUCAGCGCCGCAAUCGACCCACAGACUGCCUUGCCAGAUUCGGCCGAUGCUCAAAUUCAGGUGGGUCACAUCGCUGCUCAGGCCGCCGCGCGCGAAGCUCAGACUCAAUGGCGCACCCAGCUGGCGCUGCGCCGCUCGUCGUUGCAGACAAGUACGACGCUGGCAGAAGAAUCCGACGCAGCAGGCGGUCCUGCUACUACUUCGACCUCGAUGGCAGCGUCAACAUCAUCCAGCAGCAACACUGGAGCCUCGUAUCAAAGUCUUCAGCCAGAUCCUGCAUCACCAAACGAGAGCAAAGGCUCGACAAACAUGUCAGUCACCGAAUAUCUUCGUUUCCUUGGACUCAGCCACAUACAGAUGCCCUCGCAGGGUAUCGAGCAAUCCUUUGGCCGCAGCGCAGUCUCCUCUUCCAGCUACUGGGAUGCGACAAACCCGCACUUGGGCUUCAGCCUCUCCGGUGUCCCGAGCAUGCCCUUGAUGCCCAAUCCACCGUUGCAAAUGCUUCCACCCCCCGCCUCCCCCUCCUUCCGGAGAAAGCACUCUCGAGGCCGCUCCUACAUCCGCCACCAUUCCACUGCUUCGAUAGGUUCCACCGACUCUGGAGACACGAGCAACGACUUUGAACCAAACGUCAUGUCGCCUUUUCCUUAUCCUUUCCAGGUCGUGCAAACACCAGGAGGCACCGCCAGAGCUGGAUGGUGGGUUCCCGUUUCUGAAGUGGCUCCAGAGAGGAGAGCCGAGGCGGUCAAGGUUGGUGAAGAGCCGCCUGCGUCUUUUAAAAAAGCGGUUAGGCUCGAAUCCGUUCCAGAAGGCACUUCUGAAGCGGAGCGUGGUGACGACGACCACGAAGCUCAGCUUCUCUUCCAACCCACUUAUCGCGACUUUACUCAGGACGAAUACUCGACCCUCGCAACGGCUGCCGCCUAUGCCACAGCAGCACUCACCAGCAUCGCCUCGACGCCAGGAGGCACAUCGCAGUCUAGCUCCUGGAGGCCACUCACGGCGUCCGAGCAGGAGGCUAUUGCCAACCAGCUGCGGGCCUGGGCCGGCCUCGAGGGCCCGCAUGCCCAGGCGCAAGCUCGAAAGGCGCUCGAGGAACGGCAGAUGCAUCUCAUCAAUCAGGCCAUUCGUGGACAUGCGUCCACCACACACAACGGCGACGAUAAAGCUGCUGCUACUGCUGACGACUUUGACCAGCUCCGUCAUCCGGAGGAAGCUGCACGCUUCUUUCCCCCGGACUUUGCGAGUCACUACCGCACGCAGCUCCAAGCUCUCACGGAAGGCUACUACACACGCCUGCACAACGAGAAUCUAACUCAGGCACACUAUGCUCGGCGCCCAAUUCGGGAACUACGCGCCGAUAUGACGGUAGACAACACGGACGCUGCGUCGGCCAAAGAUGCACCGCCUACACCCCAGGCGGUAAAGCCCUCCGUGUCGGGUAUCCAAGCUUUGGGCAGCACGGAACCACCGGUACAUACUCCGACUUUGCGGCCUGGCGCACGCGAUCCAGUCGAGAUCUUGAGUGCUGCUUCCAACGCGGUCGGUCAUGACGUGACGUCCCCCGAAGUGCGUGACCAGCUGCUCCAGUAUGCCCACGGCCUUUACACGCAAGGAGCGCCACAGGCAGACGCUGCGGCUAAAGGCACUGACAAGCUGCAUCCGACGCUUUUGCCGCUCUUGCACACGCUUCACAAGCUCCAUCCGGACCAUCUUCCAACCUUGCUGCUGCUGUCAUGCGCUUACUACGCCGCCAACAACUAUGCCGGCUCACUCUGGUACAACAACCAGAUCCUGCGCAUCGACCCCAACUACGUCGAGAGCAUGAGCAACAUCGGCACCACGCUGCGAGCGUUGGGACGAUACCAGGAAGCGGAGAGCUGGUGGUGGCGGGCAGUGCGGCUGCGACCGGGCUACUGGGAUGCCUACGAGAAUCUCUUGGGUGUCAUGUGCUCCACCAAUCCUCCCGCACAGGAUUCCAACGAUCCUAGCGCCAGCAAUGCGGCCAAGGAGCUGCCUCCUCCGCAGCCGCGUUUUAAAGAAGCGCUCGAGCUGUGCGAGCACGUCGAGUCGCAUGUCGUGGGUCAGCAGAACGUGGCGGGCAUGUCGCUACCGCUCUAUCUGCCCCACAGUCUUCCUUUGACGCAGACACCUCGACUGCAAAACCUCUUUUAUGCGAAGGGCAACCUCAAAUUCGUCUUGCCAGAGCUCGGCUCCGUGCCAGCCGCCGCAGAGUAUCAGAAGGCCGUCGAGGUAGUGCUGUCUCCAGAUGCUUCGAACCGCUACGGACUGCGCGAUCUCGUCGUCGCCACGUGUGCCGUAGGUCUGCUCUCGAUGGGCGCCAUGCUCCCUGGAACGGCUGCUGCGGCUGCCGCUCUCGAGAUUGCGCUGGCGUUGGGGAUUGACCCGAACAGUCCGGAACAAGCCGCCAUCUUAGCUAGCGGCGCGUUUCACCGCCUAUGUCCUGGAGGCAUUCUCGCGCUCGUCAAGCUCUCAGGGGAUGUUUUGGUCAAUACUCUGCUUCGCCUGGGAAAUGGGCAACUUCCGAUGCUGUUGCUCCUACCGGAAGCUGCUACUCAGCUUUCCAAGGUCAUCUUUGCGGAGACCGACGGCAACUUGCCUGCGCUCGCCCGACCGUCGCCCAGCUCGAAGCCUCAGAAUAUGGGAAAUCUGCAACAGGUGCAGAAGCAAGCGGCACAGACCACCUCGACCAUCCUUUUGACACUCGCCAAGCUGUUCCAAGAUGCCACUGCCAGUCCAAUAGCUGGUCCUCACGGCCCAUUGACGCUGGGUGGGAUCCCGGCUUCCACCUCGUUGCUGCUGCCGCUGUACUACCUGUCCAUCUCGUUGCAUGCGUCUGCAUCGACGUGCAACAACCUCGGAAUCCUGCUGUCGUCGAUCCCCGUUGUGACCACCGUGAUCAACGCGAUGGGACAGCCACAGCAGCUGAACGGGCAAGCGCUUGCGAUGCAAUACUAUACGCAAGGUCUGCAGCUUGACCCGAGGCAUCCUCAUAUUUACACCAACCUCGGUUCGCUGCUCAAGGACCUGGGCCACCUCAACGAGGCCAUCAAGAUGUAUCAGAAGGCAGUCCAGAGUAAUCCCAACUUUGACGUCGCUCUUGCCAACUUGGGCAAUGCGAUCAAGGACCAGGGACGUACUCAGGACUCGGUGGUCUACUAUCGCCGCGCGGUGCAGGUCAACCCGAACUUUCCCGAGGCGUUGUGUGGGCUCGUCAAUGCGCUGCUCGCUGUAUGCGACUGGACUGAGGUAUACACGGACAAGAGCGCUUCGAAGCAGCUUCAAGGCGGUCAUGAAAGUAAAGCUGUUGAUGAUGGCUUGGGCAAAACGGGCUGGAUGGCCAAUGUCUCGGAGCUGGUAUCCAAGCAGCUCAGGGACGGCUGCCAGUACGGUGCCGGUGCUUUCCAGACCGCUGGUCCGCUCGAGGCGUGGGUUCGAGCCAUUACCGAAGCGAUGGGAGACACCCGUGCGGCGGCUGCACAGAUCUGGGCACAACGCUUGCAGCCGUUCUACCAGCCUGGCUUUGACCGAGUGGCCAACCAGGUGUGCGAAGGCGGCUACCUAAUUCAGCUGGUCGAGCGCAUGAUGCGCCGUUCGCAGCGCAGGUGGUACGUGGACGCGUACGGUGCUGAGAUGCUCUAUGCUGCUACGGAGCUUCCUAGAGUCAGUACGGCGAGCACUCGGGGCGUGAGCUACGCACGCCCCAAGCUGCCAUCAUGCCUAGUGACGCCAGCCGUGCCGACUGUGCUACCCUUCCAUACCUUCACGUACCCUCUGUCCCCGAGGCAGAUUCGGCUCAUCUGCCAUCGAAACGCCUUGAGAAUCUCUCAAAGCACCCUGACGCAGAUGUGGGUUCCGGACGUGGUCUACCCUCCGCCCUCUCCACCGGCGCCCAAGAUCAACAUUGGCUACGUAUCGUCUGAUUUCAACAACCAUCCGCUGGCGCACCUGAUGCAGUCGGUCUUUGGAUUCCACGACCGGUCGCGCUUCAACGUGUUUCUGUACGCCACGACGCCUUCCGAUGGAAGUCCGUACCGCCGCAAGAUCGAGAGUGAGGCUCAGCAUUUCCUCGACGUCUCGGCUUGGUCGAACCAGCAGGUGGUCGAACGCAUCGUCAUGGACAACAUCCACGUGCUGAUGAACCUGAAUGGCUAUACCAAAGGAGCAAGGAACGAGAUCUUUGCAGCGAGACCGUGUCCCGUGCAGAUGGAAUUCAUGGGUUUCGCCGGAAGCAUGGCGUCAAGGUGGACGGAUUGGGUGGUGGCGGAUCCGAUUGUCUGUCCGCCGGAGAUGACGAGCGUCGACAGGUGGCGACGUCACAAGCUUGAGCAGCGACCAACGGAUCUAAUGGCCGACCUGGGUCCGGAGGAAGCUUCGGAUGAAUGGGUCUACCCGGACCGGUUCAUUUAUAUGCCGCACACGUACUUUGUCAACGACCACAAGCAAGGCUUCCGCGAAAGUGUUCCCGCAGAGACGAUUGAGGUUGCCACCAAGAGCACCAGCGAGGACGGUCAAGGAGCAGCAUCGAUCUCGACAAGUUCGCCUACCGAGGAGCAGCUGUGGGCAAGCGAAGAGCUGAAGCGCUACGCGAUGCGACGCGAGCUGUUCCCCAAUCUACCGGAUGACUAUGUCAUCUUUGCCGACUUCAACCAGCUGUACAAGUGCGACCCGAUGCUGUUCAAGCUGUGGCUGCGCAUCCUCACACGUGUGCCCAAAUCCAUCUUGUGGCUGUUGCGGUUCCCUGCAGCGGGCGAACACCAUUUGUUGCGCGAGGCGAGACAGUAUGCGGGCGACGAGGUGGCUUCGCGUGUGAUCUUUACGGAUGUUGCACCGAAGCACAUCCACGUGCAUCGGGGCAGGAUUGCGGAUCUGUUUCUGGAUACGACCGAGUGCAACGCGCACACGACAGCUGCGGACAUUUUGUGGUCAGCGACGCCGGUGUUGACGUGGCCGAGGCAUAUGCACAAGAUGUGUUCGCGGGUGGCUGCGUCGAUUGUGUAUGCGACUGGGUUUGGGGACGAGAUGACGGUUAGUAGCGAGCAGGAGUACGAGGAUCGCGCGGUCAAGUUUGCGGAGGGAUUGAAGUACGUCUACUUUGACGAGAAGGGGGAGGUGGUCGACGCGGUUGAGGAGGUGAAGCAGAGAUUCGCGAGCGACUUGGAGGCUGAUCCGAAAAGCGUCGCUGCUCAGCCUCACGGGUCGGGUGUGCAACAGAACGGACUUGCGGCUACGACGAGCUCGAGCUCGAGCUCCGGCAGCAGCACCGAAAAGUCAGCAGCCAAGCGCGCACGAUCAGAAUCGCUUCUCCCAAGCUCACCCGCGCCCGCUCCCACAGGCGUCUCGCUCGCCGAGGCCGCCAAGCACUCGGACGCAAACGCCUCCACCGACCCAACGCUUGCGGCCUCCGUCCCGCCGCGCCACCUCAUCCGCCUGCCCAGCUCCCCAGCCUACCCGGGUGCCGUCACGCGUCGCUCGGUCGUCACGGACACCAAAAAUCUGGCCGGGUUGCGGAGAAGACUUUUCCUCACGCGCGAGAGUGGGAGCAAGCUGUUUGAUACAAAGCAGUGGACGAGGGAUUUGGAGAAGGGGUACGAGGAGGCGUGGACCCGGUGGGUGUUGGGCGUGGAUGUGGAGGAUUCGGCGGAGUGGGAGGAGGCGGUGGCGAGCGGGGUGGGCGUGGGAAGGCGGGUGGAGAGGUCCGGGCACAUAUGGGUGGAAGAGCUGUGA